UUCAGUUUCGUUUCUGUUUCACAGAAGCGAAGCGAUUCAGAGAACAAGGGGGCGGGGCGGGGCCAACGGGCGGCCUCUCUAUAAAUGUGAAGGAGUGUUUACUCGGCGUCCAAACGCUCAGACGAGCCAGACGGAGGAGAGAGGGGCGAAAGGCUAUGCUUUCCUGCGGAUUAUCUGCUGGAUAUUGUUUGCCCCUGCCUGCCUUUUUGUUGCUACUUCGGAAUUAAAAAAAAGAUUGAACCGCCGCUGUCAUCACAACAAAACGGAUGUCAGUGUGGGCGUUAGAGAUGGGAGAGGGUUUGGGGCCUCUCCCUUCUGUAGGAUGGUAGCCAACAGCGCAGUGGAAGGCCAUGAAAAGAGCCAUUUGCCAAGCUCACCCCCUUGCACGCAGUCAGACGGUCUUCAGCGCCGGGCAAACCCAAGCCCCAGAUCAGUCCACCUGACUCACUUUCGUACCUUCACCUCUCGAGAGGAUUGUGACACCAUCACCGAUACUGCGGCCAAACUCGAGCGCAGCGGCUUUUACUGGGGCCCUCUGGGAGUGGAGGACGCCCACCGCAUGCUGCAGGACGCUCCCUUGGGAAGCUUCCUGAUUCGUGACAGCCGGCAGAAGAACGUGUUCUUCACGCUGUCCUACAACGCCAAGGGCGGGCCAGUCAGCGUUCGCAUUGACUACAAGCAGCACAAGUUUUCGCUGGCGGGCAGCGAGCGCUCCUUCUUGACACUGUUCGCCCUUUUGGAGCAUUACAUCAACUCGCCCAAGAAGAGCCUGAGCGUCCCGUACAGGAAAUGGCAGCCAUCUCUGCAGGAGCUGUGCAGGAGGCGCAUCGUGGAGAUGUGCGGCGGAAAGAGCCACCUCACGGAGCUGCCUGCCACCCAUGUGGUCCAGGACUUCCUGUUGGAGUUCCCUUACAAACUGUGAUCCACCAGGUGUCCAGAGUCUUGGCCGUGCUAUGUCUCAUUUCAAGUGUGCAAUUCUUUUCAAGUAAAUGCACGUUGGUGGAGUCGCUGGGCAAUGCUGCGUCUCCAUGGUUACAGACGCACGCAGCCGACCCUUCUGUGCUUAAACAAUGUGAAACGUUCGUGAAGAGACAAUACAACGUUGGGCGACUACAGGCAGCUUCCAGUUGGACAGAAAUGAUUCAAAGCAUAUCAUCACCCAAUACCUCGAGUGACUCAACUAGCACAUGGACAGAAGAUCUCAGAGCGUUGGAAAGUGCUGCAUUAAAAGGAAACUACAAGCACAGUGGAGCUAAUAAUAAAAGGCGCCACAGAAAUCCAACAGAGUCUGUUGGUCUUACUCACCUUCCACGGACUUUUUGGAAAUGGACUUGUAGCCAGUUCCGGUGGAGGGUACGCUUGAAACGAACAGAAACGAGACUUUGUAGCACAUUUUAAUACUCUAAUAUGAAGUGUUUACAUCACAGCGUAACGUUUGUCAACCCUGAAGGUUCAAAUAUCCGGACGAAAUGUAAGCGUCUGGUAUCAAGUCGUACUGUAUGCAGAGGUGUCUCACCUCUAAAUCUUUUUUUAACUAUCUCUGCCAAGCAGAUAUAUAAAUCAUAAUUACAUUAUUAUAUUUUAUACGUAUUUCUUUUGAAUAAAACAUAUUUAAAUGAA